GAGUUUCUUUGCUAAUAUUUAUAUUAACUUGAAAGAAAGAUUCCACAAAGUAAAGAACAGAUUUACGUGCUGAUGCUAUAAUAUUCGUGUAAGCUUUUAAAGUUUAUUUUAAAUAAAUAUCUAUUUUUACCUCACUCAAGCGGCACUCUUACAUACUCAUACUAAAACUAAAGUUCUAAAGUCUAAACGCACUCGUACUCGUACUCAUUAACAUUAGUCAUUUCAUUAGUCAUUUUGAGUUGUGAGUAGUCUACGUCUACUUCUUAACUUAACUAAACUUACUACAUACACCCAGACUGACACUAUGUUACUGUACAGUACCGUCUACAUUACACUACUUGCUGUAACAAUAACAUGCAACACUACAUUUUUGACAUAAAAUUUAAAGUUAGCUGAUAACUGAUAAUGAUAAGCAUCAACUGUGAAUAAUCAUCCCACCCCAUAAUUACUAAAGCCACAUAGCUUGUUGUUAGCCAUUACAUGAGCCCCUUUGUCCAACUGCAGGUUUUUUGUCACAACUUAAAAUAAAACAAUUUAAACAAUGCAUUAUUUUGUUUUACUAUAAAGUGGGCCUAUAAUUAUAAUGCGUUCAAAAAAGAAAUUUGACGAAACUUUUAAUGUGUGAAUGUGAACUGAAAAAAAGAUUUGACCAAAUUUCCGUCUAAAAUUUUUCUGUCAACGAAACUUCUUUCUAUCAAAUUUCCUGUAACCAAAUGUACCAUCUUUAUUAUUUUUUUCCUUCGCCUUCUGAUCUGUGUUAUUACUAUGCACUUUCGUAAUUUUCAUCAUCUGAAUUAAGUGAGCGUCAAUAUUAUUUCUGCCAUGUAUGAUAUGAAGUUCAUUAACUUUAAAAAUGUAAUAUACCUACAAUAAAAAGGAAUUGCCAUAAUUUAAUUUUUUUUAUAAAUAUGAUUAACAAAGAAAAAUUAUAUAUUUAUUUUUCAGGAAAUAAAUAAAAGGAAAUACUGCUAAGGAUGUAUUAAGUUUAAUUUUUUUUAUACAUAACAAUUACAGGGGCAACAAAAGUCACGCUUAAUGUUAUCACUCAAGCUGCCCCUUAGAAGUUUUCAUCCUUGGUGUUUGAAAAAUGUUAUCACCCCAUUCAAAUUUGUAUUCCAGUCAGUGGCGCAGCUAUGGUUAGUGCAGCCAGGGGAGGGCCUUGAUUUUUCUCACUUCCUCAAAAAGCUGUGCAGUUGGCCAAAAAUGCUGCCCUUCCAAAAAAUAAAGAAUGCAUUAUUGCCCCCUCCUCACCCCCAUGCCUAUACGACUUAUUCCAGUGGUCCUUGUCCUUUUUACUACUUGCACACAAAAAAAUUUAAAUAAAAACAUCAAACCUCCUAAUAAACUGGUAAAUUAAUAUGGAGAUAUCACUAAGAUUUUAUUUUAAUUGUUGAAAGCCGUCAAAUACAACAACAUAAUCUAACCUUAUUGAAAGUGUUUACAUCAUUUGUGAAGUUAACUUUAGAUACAUGGUUUAAGAACUUAAGUCUAAGAUAUUUUUGGAUGUGCACCAUUUGUAAAAUGAAAUAGUGCAUGUUCAAAUAAAAGUCAAAUACAUAAAAGUUAAAAGGGGAUAUCAAAACACAAACUAAAAAUCACAUUAUGAAACAAACCAUUGCUUUUAUAUAAGUUUCGGACUUUAGAUCACCUAAAAGCUAAAUAAAUUGUCCCAGCUAAAUUUAAGUUCAUGUCAGCAGAUUACAAGAGGGAUCUCCAUGGAAAAAAUCACCUUCAUAUGGCUUGUUGUUCUUGAGAUCUCGUGAUCAGUGAGUGAGUCAGUGUUAUUAGUAUUAGGCUUUUAUCUAUAAAAACUACCAGGUUCAUUUAUGGAUUAAAAAAACACUUCAUAAUAUAAAGGUACACAUGUACAGCCUGGUAUAGUAUAAUCAAUUACUAGAGCACAGGUUCCAAGCCCAUGGGAUGGGACAUUAAAAUUUUGUAAACAUUUUAAAUAGAAUUUCUAUCAGGUCACCGGAUGAAACAAGAAACUAAGAGCAAUAGUGAUUUUUAAACAGUUUUUAAUUGAAGUCUUUAAGUUUGAAUUACAAUUUCAAAUAAUUAAAUAUGCUAGAGAAAUAUUUUAGAUGUUUUGUGUUUAAAUUUUUAUAAUUGUAAAAUGAUGUCUUGGUUAAAAUAUCUAUUUAUUUAUGAGUUGAAAAUGUAUAUGUACGAUAUACCGGUAAUCAAAAUACAUUUCCAUUUAUUUGGAUCAAUUAAGGAAUCUUAUCUUAAAUUAUAUAAUACUGAAAAAUCUUGUUUUGAUGCAUUUUCAUUUACCGGAAUUUACCCUAUUAGAAAGCAUUUUCUUUCAAUGUAUUGCUGUCAUCGAUCACAUUCCUUCUAUAUGAAUGUGGUCUCUACUUGAGACGCUUGAGAACCUGUGUGCUAGAGCUAUGGGGCUUAAUAAUUCAGUGCUAAUAACUUGAUUUUACAGGCUCUGGCUUAAAGCUAAAAUUUGUGAUAAGCUGAAAUUUAAAAAAAGACAAGAACAUUGUAUUCUGAAAGUUUUACUCAAUGGGAGUAUUACCUUGGACAUUUUUUGUUUAUUAAAAGUAAAAGCAUGUCGGAUCUCUGGAUCACACUUAAGGAACCCUUAUUUCUACCAUGGCUCUGUUGAAAUUGUCCAUAGUUACUGUUGCUUGAUCCCCAAACUCAUUUAAUCAAAUCAAGCAAAAACAUUUGAUUUCCUUGUCUUUGGGGUUUUCAGCUCUACAUCACUUUCUUGGCUCUCUCAAGAUAUUGCUAUCUCUGAUCCUUGUAUUUCCUCGAUUAAGUUUUAACUGUCCCAUUAAUCACCCAUAAAUUCUUUUAGGAGUGCCAUCAUUGUCUAUUGACGAGGAUGUAACCAAUCUGGCUCUGUGUAAUUUUAUCUAGGGAUAUUCCAGUGAAUUUGUAGAUAUCCUUGCAGGCAGAUAAGGUCCAUCCAAAGACAUGAUUUUUUUAAAUGACAGAUUUUAUGUAAAUACUUGUUCUAAAGUCAGCUUUUUUUGUGUGUGGAAUCAUUUCAGGGGAAUGAGUGGGGUGGGGAUCUUUUAAGUGGUUCAUAGAAGAUUGAUACAAUUACAAUAAUAAAAAAUUAUGACGCAAAAAUUACAGUCACCAUAAAGCUGUAUGCAAAAUUGGGUCAUAAGUUUUAUCUUUUUUUUUUUGCGCCUGCCCUAAUUGGCUGUCCUUAAUCAAAGCACCUACCAUUUAUUAGUUUUUAAAUCUUUAGCUUCAACAAUUAUUGGAUUUGAAAAGUUUUAAAAACUUUUGUGCUGUAGUGCUUAUAUAUACCAGGUACCGGUAACUAAUAUUAGCAUAUUAUUUUGUUGUUUAUACAUUUUCAGGUGUUUUUUCCCAGCCAAAACUAGUGGGGGGGGGGGGGCGGCUUUAGAAUGCGUAUAAAUAAUAAUCUUUACCCAUUCAUAGUUAGUGACAUGCCUUUAUAAAACAUUACUAUUAUAUUUACACGGUACCGGUAAAUAAUAUUUGCAUUUUAUUUUGUUGUUUAUACAUUUUCAGGUGUUUUUUCCCAGCCAAAACUAGUGGGGGGGGGGGGGCAGCUUUAGAAUGCGUAUAAAUAAUAAUCUUUACCCAUUCAUAGUUAGUGACAUGCCUUUAUAGAACAUUACUAUAUAGAACAUCAGAACAUUAUCAUUAAGUUCAAACAUUUUAAUUUUAUAAUGAAACAACAAAAAAGAAAUAAAACGCAAGUUAAAAAGUUAGUUGUUAUGUAAAAAAAAUUUUUUUUUUUAAUCUCUAGAAGUAGAAGGCACCUGUAUGUUAGUUCAGAAUAUACCUUACUAUAUCAUUAUUAUUUAAAUAAAUUUUUUUUUUUUUCAUUUAUCCAGGAAGCCAUGAGUAAGCUAAAGGAAGCUACAGCGUCUCAGGCUGUUUUGGCUUACAUGAUCAAACAAAACAGGCCAUACAGUGUACAGGAUGUCUUCCAAAAUAUGGGAAAAGAUUUGGGUAAAACAGCCGUGAUGAAAGCCAUGGAGGGACUCACUGCAGAGGGUAAGCUCAAAGAGAAAGUUUAUGGCAAACAGAAAGUGUAUGUGGCUGAUCAGAGUCAAUUCCCUGCUGUGAAUGAUGCUGAGUUAAGAGCAAUUGAUGAGAGAAUCACACAGCUGAAUGAAAAAAUUCAACUCAGCCAAGAAGAAAUUCGUAAACUUGAGACUGAACUUCAGCAGUACAAUGGAACCAUGUCAACAAAUAUGGCUCGCUCAGAACUUAGUCAAAUAUAUCCAGAAAUUGAAGCCCUGAAGCUGAAGCUAACAAAGCUGAAAGAAGGGAGAGUGUUGAUAUCCAAAGAAGAGAAAGAAAUAAUCUUUAAAAACAGAGAAAAGUAUGUCAAGGAGUGGAGGAAAAGGAAAAGAACUGCAUCAGAUAUUCUCAACUCCAUAAUGGAGGGCUACCCUAAAUCCAAGAAGCAGUUGUUUGAAGAAAUCGGGAUUGAAACAGAUGAAGACUGCAAUGUAAAACCACCAGACCUGUAAAGUCUUUUUAACUUUAUGGGUGAGCUUACCAAGAGGAGUGUAAAGUUGGGUGGUGAAUCAUGUUGAGAAUCUCUUUACAUUUUCACAUCACAGAGAAAUGAUGCACUGACUUAUUAGACUCUGGCAUACUUCAAACAUUAUUCUCUAUAUGUCAAAAACAUUUUAACUGAACUGGUCUACAAAAAAGUUGUGAUUCC